CUGAAAUGAAAGUGGAAGCAAAGAAAACAGCCUUCCUGUGCUAGAGUGAGGGAGACAGAAGCCUCUUAGAAGGCACCAAAAUUAUUCUAGUCUCUGUGGACUGCCUCCUUAUUCCUCUGUUUCUUGCUCCUCUUAGGUAUUGGCUCUUGUCAUCCAGACUUCAGAUCCAUGUCAGCGCCACUGUCCCUCCAAGCUCUUCGGGCAGAGCAGGACAGCUUGAAGAAGAGGCUGCUGGAGUUGCAGCAGCUGAAGACACUCAGGCACAACCCCCAGAACGCACCCCAGAUCCCUUUCCCAGUGCCUAAAAUCCCCCUGGUAUUCCGUGGACACGCUCAGCAGACUAGGGAAGAGCCUAAGUCUUUGAUUUCCAGCCUGAGGAUCUGCUACCCUCUGACUGGAGGUUCAGCUCUGGUCACUUUCGAUGACCCUAAGGUGGCCCAGCAGGUGUUGCAACAAAAGGAGCAUAAGAUUGACAUGGAGGAGUGCCGACUUCAGGUGCAGGUCCAGCCUGUGGAGCUGCCCAUGGUGACCACCAUUCAGGUGUCCAGCCAGAUGAGUGGCCAGAGAGUACUGGUCAGUGGCUUUCCUGCUUGGCUCAAACUGAGUGAGGAGGAGCUGCUAGACAAGUUGGAGAUCUUCUUUGGCAAGACCAGGAAUGGGGGUGGUGAUGUGGAGACUCGGGAGCUGCUACAAGGGGGUGUCAUGCUGGGCUUCACUGAAGAUGAAGUGGCCCAGCGCCUAUGCAAGAUUGGCCAGUUCAUGGUGCCACUGGGUGGGCAGCAUGUCCCGCUGAGAGUCUCUCCCUACAUGAGUGGGGAGAUUCAGAAGGCUGAGAUCAAGACCCAGCCAGUGCCUCAGUCGGUGCUGGUAUGCAACAUUCCCGAUGUCCUGGAUGGCCCAGAGCUGCACGAUAUCCUGGAGAUCCACUUCCAGAAGCCCACUCGUGGGGGUGGAGAGGUGGAGGCCUUGACAGUUGUGCCCCCAGGACAUCGAGGCCUGGUGGUCUUCACCUCCAAAUCAGGCUAGGAGGCUGCCCUGUUUAUCAUUCCCCAGCCUCUGUUAAGGUCCUCCCCCAGGCUAGGGUUGAUGCCUAGGUAACAGAGGUCAUGCUGAGCACCAGUGGGUAAGGAUUAAUGAUGAAGCCCAUAGCAGUAAAAGUGGUUACAUGGUA